AACUAUAGGUUACCCACUGUUGUCAUGCUACACCUCCAUUCAAAACAUUAUAAAAUAUCUGCCUUGCACACUGUAUUAUUCGUUUCUGUGAUAUGGGCCAAUCUUAGCAGAGCCAGUGCAAAAGAACCUAAUUGGCAAGUGUAUUUGGAUGCAAUAUCUGAAGCUGCUGCCAAUUACACUUCAUGUGGUGGCAAUUGUACUUGUCACUCAGAUGUUAUAACCUCUGAUUUAAAAUUAUGGAGAGAGAGAGGUGGAAUCACCAACGAAGAUAUGAAACGUGGGCUUGAAAGAUCGGUUCAUUACCAAAUUAUUGACCAUAAGUUAUACAGACAAGAUAAAUGCAUGUUUCCUUCAAGGUGCUCUGGUAUCGAACAUUUUAUAUUGGAAAUCAUAAACGAUCUGCCUGACAUGGAACUUGGGAUAAAUGUUCAUGAUUGGCCACAAGUUAUGAAGCAUUCACCAUAUCCUAUGCCCAUAUUAUCCUUCAGCAAAGUGGCUAAGGAACAUCAGGAUAUUAUGUAUCCAGCUUGGACAUUUUGGGCCGGUGGUCCAGCAGUGUGGCCAAUAUAUAGGAAUGGCCUUGGCCGUUGGGACCUUAUGAGAAAGGACCUUAAGAAAAAAGACAAUGAAUUUCCAUGGGAAAAGAAACAAAAUAUUGGAUUUUUUCGUGGUUCACGAACAAGUAGUGAAAGAGAUCCGUUAGUUUUAUUAUCUCGUGAAAAUCCAGAUCUUGUUGAUGCUCAAUACACAAAGAACCAAGCCUGGAAAUCUAAAAAGGACACGCUAGGAGCAGAACCUGCCGAAAUUGUACAUCUACUUGAUCACUGUCAAUAUAAAUACUUGUUCAAUUUCCGAGGGGUUGCUGCAAGUUUCAGACUGAAACAUCUGUUCCUAUGCGGCUCACUUGUAUUCCACGUUGGUGAAGAUUGGUUGGAGUUCUUUUACCCAGCACUGAAGCCUUGGGUCCACUAUAUACCUGUUUCACCAAGUUUGAAUGAGGUGAAAGACCUGAUUAAUUUUGCAAAGGAAAAUGAUGAAGUUGUGAAAAAGAUUGCAAAUAGGGGAAAGAGAUUCAUUACCAAACAUCUUAAAAUGGAUGACAUCUCGUGUUAUUGGAAGAAACUGCUUUUCCAAUAUGCUGAACUCCUAAAAUAUAAAGUGGGAAGGAGAAUGGAGUAUCAGGAAAUUGUUUCUCCCCACAAGCACAAAUCAGAAUUGUGAUUUUUUAAAAAAAUUUUUUUUUUUUUUUCAACUGUGCUAAUCUUUACCUAAGUAUUUUGUUAACUUUAUAUCCAGAUUUAUUUAUGAAAACCUAGAUACACCUUUUAAUAAUCAACAGGAUAAUUUGUACUGUCUGGUAUAUACAACUGCAGCAUACUGUGUUAACUAUGGCUGUACAUACAUGCUGCAGACUACUAACACUGAUUACAUGAUAACUCUCAUAAUCAGUUAUCUCAACUUUACAAAAACAGUAGACACGACAUGUGGAUUUCAAAGUGAUUCUAAAGAAUUUGCACUUCAUUCUAACACAAUCAUCAUUUUACAUCAGUGCUCUAAUGUAUUUUAACAAGUUACAAAAAUAAAAAUGUGUACACACCAA